AUGGGUCAAUUGCCCUUGGACCGCACUGCGCCUCAACGACCCUUCCUCGUCACCGGUGUGGACUACGCAGGGCCCAUUAUGCUUCGCACAUCACCAGGACGCGGGCACAAAUCAUACAAGGGAUACAUAUCUCUCUUUGUCUGCCUUACCACGCGGGCCAUCCACCUGGAGGUCGUCUCCGAUUUAACCUCUGCCUCCUUCUUAGUGGCCAUCCAAAGAUUCGUUGGACGGCGAGGGCGUUGCGCCUCCAUGUACAGCGGCAACGCAACAGUCUUCCACGGGGCUGAACGAGAACUCACUCGUAUGUUUACAAGCGCCUCUGUCUUCUACAAGGAGACUGCAGCAGUUCUGGCGAAAGAUGGGACUACUUGGCACUUCAUCCCGCCGUAUGCCCCGCACUUCGGCGGACUGUGGGAAGUCGGAGUUAAAUCCGUGAAGCAUCAUUUACGCAGGGUCAUUGGAAACUCGACACUCACCUUCGAGAAAAUGUCCACGCUGCUUUGCCAAAUUGAGGCGUGCCUAUACUCGAGGCCUCUUUAUGCACUUUCCGAGGAUCCCUCGGACCUCUCAGCACUUACACCGGGGCACUUCUUGAUCGGGGAAUCGACCUCCAACUCUCCGGAACCCAAUCCACCACUUACUACUUCUUCCUCGCUUACGCGUUGGCGACAAAUUAAUACCAUGCCCUCUCAGUUUUGGAACAGGUGGAGAUCCGAGUAUUUGCAGCACCUCCAGCAGUUAUCCAAGUGGAGACACCAAAAGGAGAACCUGAAGGUCGGCGCACUCGUACUUCUUCGCGACAACCUGCAGCCGCCGGCAAAAUGGCUAAUGGGCCGCGUCACAGCCCUGCACCCCGGACCAGACGGACGCGUUCGGGUGGUGGCCUUAAAAACAGCCAGCGGCACUACAACACGGCCGAUUGUGCUGCCCUCUGCCGGUGGACCAGACCGACGCCCCUUGACCACGUGA